GUGGUGGUGGGGUGGGCUGUGUGUUACGGGCUGUGUCGUGAAGAUAACGUGUACAGUUUGGGUGGCUUCGACCGAGACGCAUCGGGAAGUAAAGAAGUGAGCGGCUACAGGGCGCACACGGACCCGCACUCGGUCAUGUCAGAUAACGGGAUCACGGAGGCGCGGACCACUCCAAGCCUCGGCAACAAAGUGAUCGUGGUGCUGGGAGCCCAGUGGGGCGAUGAAGGCAAGGGCAAAGUGGUGGACCUGCUGGCCCAGGACGCCGACAUGGUCUGCAGAUGUCAGGGAGGCAACAACGCAGGACACACAGUGGUGGUGGACUCUGUAGAAUAUGACUUUCACCUUUUACCUAGUGGCAUUAUCAACCCUAAUGUCACAGCCUUUAUUGGCAAUGGUGUCGUGAUUCACCUUCCCGGUCUUUUUGAGGAGGCUGAGAAAAAUGUGCGGAAGGGUAAAGGUCUGGAGGGCUGGGAGAAGCGGCUUAUCAUUUCUGACCGCGCCCAUAUUGUGUUUGAUUUCCAUCAAGCUGUGGACGGUGUUCAAGAACAGGAGAGGCAACAGAAAGCUGGCAAAAUUUUAGGAACAACGAAAAAGGGCAUCGGGCCCGUCUACUCAGCAAAGGCUGCCAGGAAUGGCCUUCGCAUAUGUGACCUUUUGUCUGACUUCGAACAAUUUUCAGAAAGGUAUAAAAAUUUGGCCUCACAGUACAAGUCUAUGUACCCAUCAUUGGAGAUAGAUAUUGAUGGAGAGCUGGAGAAACUCAAGGCUUAUGUGGACCGAAUAAAACCCAUGGUAAGAGACGGUGUGUUCUUCAUGUAUGAGGCUCUGCAUGGUGCAUCUAAAAAGAUACUGGUGGAGGGAGCCAAUGCUGCCCUGCUGGACAUUGACUUUGGAACGUACCCUUUCGUAACCUCAUCCAACUGUACCGUGGGUGGGGUGUGUACGGGCCUGGGCAUGCCACCGCAGAAUGUGGGGGAGGUUUACGGUGUCGUCAAGGCCUACACCACCCGAGUGGGCAUCGGCGCCUUUCCAUCCGAACAGAAUAAUGAAAUCGGAGAGCUGCUUCAGACAAGAGGGAAGGAGGUGGGCGUGACCACGGGCCGCAAGAGACGAUGCGGUUGGCUAGAUCUGGUGCUUGUCAAAUAUGCUCAUAUGAUCAACGGUUUCACUGCCUUGGCUCUAACCAAAUUAGACAUCUUGGACGUCCUCUCUGAAAUCAAAGUUGGUGUGGGUUAUAAGGUGGACAACGAACUCAUACCGUAUUUCCCAGCAAACCAGGAGAUGUUACAAAAGGUUGAGGUCCAGUAUGAGACUUUGCCUGGCUGGAACAGCAACACCUCAGCUGCUAGGACCUUUGAAGAGCUUCCUGAAAAUGCACAGAAAUACGUUCGCUUUAUCGAGGAGAUCCUUAAGGUGCCCGUGAAAUGGAUCGGUAUUGGCAAGUCAAGAGAGUCCAUGAUCCAGCUGUUUUAGGGGUUGAUCGGCUGGUGGUAUUCUCCAAGCUCUCUGACUCAGCACAGCGCUCUGGGCCAAUCUGUGGGAUUACCUAAUGAAGUCAAAGAAAGGAAUCCGUUCUCUCACCUCAUUACUCACUGCAGUUUCUUCUAAUACAACACCAUGGAUUCUUUUUUCUUCACUGUAUGAUCCUCUACUCAAAAAUCUCAAGGUUCUUGGGAGGUCACUGUAGGACAAGUUAUUGAAGCAUCUUUUGGUCUUUAGGGAACAAACUUAACUUUAACCUCUCACGAGCACCUGUUUAACAUUUUCAAGUAGGAUUUCUGUGACAAAACUGUAUCUGUCCUUUUGGGUUUCCUGUUUUAUUGGUUCCUCGUGCCUAGAUUGCUUUUAAUGAGUAUUUAGAGAAGCAUCACUUCUUUUAAUUGAUCAUAUAUGCAGACCCGAGAGGUUAAUAUAGAUUCAGAAGUGCCGUAGGGCCUGAUUUCUACUAGUAUAAUUAAUUUAUUUCAAGAUUAAGUGUCUCAACGAGGCAAAACUUCUAACUUCGAAUAGUUUUUAACAGAGUUUCUUAAACACAUCCUGAGUCAUUUAUGAUUUAUAUUAUUGUGCCACUGAGUAUUCGUCCUCGAUUAUCUUUUUUUUUCUCACUAUUACAGUGUUUUUGACAAGAAUGCAACAUUUUUCAUUAUUCCCUUUCAGAUUCGAAUGUAAAUUACACAUUUCUUUGCGAAACUAUUUAUUAUUAUUCACAUAGAUUUGACAGAUCAUGCAUCCUAUUUGUGUUUGCACUGAUGUGUACUUACUGCCCAAGUAUUUAAUUUGAAGUAAGCCAACUUAAUCAGAGAAAAUCUCACCCACAUAAACAUACAUUUUAAACUUUAUCAAGUAUGCUAUUAAAAGAUAUUGACAUUUUUCCAUUUGUAGAAAGUGAAAGCAUGGAAAUGAAAACCUAUCGACCCAUUUUUAACCUAACACUGGUAGUGUUGCAUACUUACUGCACCAACUUCAUUCAUGACUUGAAUGUAUUUACACACACACUUAGUUCAACUCUCAGGAUUUUCUGGUGGUCAUAACUGUUUAUUUUACUUCUAAUCUGUAGAUUGUUGAACUGUUUGAAUGCUUGUCUCUUGCCUCUUUUUUGAAGGGGGGUCAGUAAAUAUUUAACAAAUCGUGCCAUUAUUCUUCACUCUAAACACAUUUUAUUUAUUUAUUUUUAUUUAAAAAAAAAUGUAGCAAUACUACGUCAUAGAAUAAUUCUUAAUCAGGCAUCAUUUCAUUUAGCUCCACAUUUUUUGAGUACCAGGAGUAGAAAGUAUGAAAGCCCAUUCGCACCACUUUGAAAAAGAUGUUUGCCUAAAAAUGACUUUAUUUCUCUCAAUUCUGAUUUAUUUGAGUUUAUCGUUUUCAAUUCUGACAUUUCUGACCCCCUCUGCAGUGCCAGAAAGCUUUACACGUUGAAAAUGCAAUAGCUACAAUCAAUAGAUCGAUCUGUGAAACAAUGGAUAAAUUCAUAGAGGAUUAUUUUAGGUGUGGUUUCACAAACUGCUCUGUCAAAGUAGGGCAUUAUAGCCAAAGCUCCAGUCUGCUCUGUAUACACAUUAGAGCUAAAACAGAAGUGAUAUCUCCAGCUGUCAGCAGAAACAAAUUCAACUGUAAGAUAUAAAGUCGGAAUCGCAAGACAGAAGUCAAAAUGGCGAGAAAUAAAGUCACAAUUAGGGAAACUUUUUUUAUGUGGCGGAAACGGGCUACCAUAGAAAAGACUUACGGGGGAAAGAAACAAAAGUAUUGCAAUUGAAUGAAUUAAAAGAAUGAUUGAAAGAAUUCUGCAUAACACUUCCUAUGCAUACUUGUUUAAAUAAUACACUAAAUGUAUGAGUUCAUUAUUAUAUGUGGAAAAACAUGACAACUGCUCAGAAAUAUAUGGGAGUAAAAACUGUUUUUUUACCCUGCUCCAUGGUUUGGUGUACAUAUUCUAGAUGCAUUUUCACAGUGUAUUAUAAAUACAAGUUUAAGGAAGUGUUAUCGAAUGGUAGUUCAUCUUGGGAAGUGCUUUUUUUUUUUUUUUUCUUUUUUUUUUAUCUAAUUAUAACAUCAGGCUGCAUUUGGACAUAUUUAUGGAAUUGAAUUUUUUUUUUUUUUGCUGCUCAUCCCAAUAAGAUUAUAGGUGCUCCCAUUGUCGAUUAUCCCUUUAAAUUAACUUUGAAUUCACUGUAAUUUAAAUCUUUAGAUGCACAUUAUCUAGAAAUAAUAGCGCCUAUUGUAGCAUUCUCUUGGUCAUAUUUAUUUAUACGCUCUGGAUGUGUGUCCUUCACACUGCCUUCAUCAGUGAAGAAAGUGUGCCUUGAAAAAUAACUCCCUUUUAAAGUCAAAACCAGGUACUAAAAUAUGUGAACGGUUAUAAAAUCAAAUCUACAGAUAUUCAUAUAUAGAGUAUUUACUGAUACAAUAUUUUAAUAAACACUCUUACCCAUUUAUAUAUAAUAACCAUUUACAUUCACAAUAUAGUGUAAAAUCUGUUUUUUUUUUUUAACAGCAACAUUUUUCAUGGCCAAGGGCAUUUAUAAUUAAUUCAUUAAUGAACCACUUGCCAACAAUAUGUAGAAGCUUUAAAUCUCUAGAUUAAUAAAUUUUUAAACAUUUUUCCAACAUGAAAUGGAAAAUAGAAAACCCUAUUCUUCUGUCUUUUGUAAAGUCCUUGGCUGCUGAAGAGAUUUCCCUUUUUUUAUCGCCCUUUAAUACCAUAUCAUCGCUUCGUGUGAUCAUUUUAGCUAUCGUGAGAAAGUCAGGACUGUCAGAACACGAACCACUCCUGCUAAGCUUUAACAAUAAUCACACUCGGUUCAGUGCCGAUGACUGCAUGUUUGCACAACCAUACACAGACCUCUGUUUUUCAAAUGAUUUCUCUUGAAUUUUCUACUGUAUUGCUGCUGUUUGGUUGAUUUUUAAUAUAUGUAUAUACAGAAUGCAGAGCCAUAUACUAUCAGUCUUAUUGUUUGUCAAGGUGGUGUUUUAUGCUUAGCUGUGAAAGAUAAUGAAUAUUCAGUAAGGGGUGCAUGUUUUACCUCUGUGAUUUGUACAAUGCAGGUCCCAACCUUUGUAGCUAAUCCAACAUUAUACUUUCACUAAUGGUAAUUCAAAAGAAGAUCACGGUCAAUAAAUAUGUAAGAAAUGA